GAUACUCAUGGGACCUGUGCAUGAUCUUCCCGACAGAUGUGAGAGCUUGCCAUUGCUGGCCGCCAUCGGGAGUGCCGCACGCUUCUGAGAUCAUCCGGAGGCUUCACAACGCCGGCAUGGAGACGUACCUCUACUACUCCGUGCAGAUGGACGAAAUCAUCUGCAAGAUCCGGUGAGGACGGAGAGGACGGAGAGAGACCUACCGGAUCUUGCAUACCUUACCUUGCCGGGAGAUGUUUUUGGUACAAUAUCACACUUGUUUUUGUACUCGUUUUUUGUGUCUGUGUGCUGUUUGGUGUCUUCGCUUCCAACGUCUUUUACUUGUUGUCUGGCGGGGCACCACCCAUGUUUGGGUUGCUUUGACGACUUACCGGAUGGAGGCUGGCAACUUGAGUGGGGUGCCUCACUCUUCUUUCGGGUUGGUACGGUUGUGGUUCGCCGUGGGAAGCGGGCGUAAGCGAGGCAUGGACAACCGCUGUCACGUAUUCCUUGAAUUCCUUGACAAAGGAGCGCGAACACGUAUGAUGGACAGUACGCGUGAGGGUUCGAAAUACCUAUGCAUACGUUGAUUUAGAAUCUG